GCGCCGCUCCGGCUUAGAAGCUGGGUAGAGACAGGCAGGUCAGAGGCAAGGCGCGACGAGCAGGUAGCCAAGAGAAGGUGUCUGAGAAGUGGAAGCGAGCCUGUGCAGUGUAUGGGUCCGGUCCAGGCAACUCCGAUGCAUAGCUAGGGAAGAACUAAUUUACCUGCCGCUGGGAAGAGCCUGGGUCUACUCUCUUUCUCUUACACACAGCACCUGCAGUCUCUCUGAUCGACCCCCAAGAGGGCGCCAGAAAAAUGAAUCCUAGCAGAGACGGGCGCUGCCCCGGCAUCUUUUGCCACUCUCUGAAGCUUUUCUGUCUGGGGUGGCUGAUCUCCUUUGCCCUUGGCAAGACUAUCCGCUACCACACCUAUGAAGAAGACCCUCCCGGCACGGUGAUCGGCACUCUAGCCGAUGAGCUACCCUUGAAGGUGCCCGGAGCAGGAGGCGGCGGGGAAAGAAGUUUCCGCCUGAUGAAGCAGGCGGGCAACAGCUCGCUGGUGCGGGUCCGCGAGCGGGACGGCCAGCUGAGCCUGGGCUCGGAGCGCCUGGACCGCGAGCAGUUGUGCGCGGCGGGCGGGCAGGCGGAGGAGGAGGCGUGCGUGUUGGCCUUCGACGUGGUGAGCCUGGGCGGGCCGCGCGGCGGCGCCCAGCAGUACCGCCUGCUGCACGUGGAGCUGGAGGUGCGCGACAUCAACGACCACGCGCCGCGCUUCCCGCAGCCGCUCAUCGCCCUGGAGGUGUCGGAGAGCGCCGCGCCGGGCACCCGCCUGCCGCUGGGCCUGGCGCACGACCUGGACGCGGGCUCCAACGGCAUCCAGAGCUUCGCCGUCUCGCCCAACAGCCACUUCGGCCUGGAGGUGCAGAGCCGCGCCGACGGGCUGAAGUGCGCCGAGCUGGUGCUGCUGAGCGAGCUGGACCGCGAGGCGCAGGCCUCCUACCGCCUGGAGCUGGUGGCCAAGGACGGCGGCAGCCCGGCGCGCUCGGGCACGGCCACGGUCAGCGUGCGGGUGCUGGACGCCAACGACAACGCGCCCGCCUUCCCGCACGGCGCGCUGCUGACCGUCGAGCUGCCCGAGGACGCGCCGCCGGGCUCGCUGCUGCUCGACCUGGACGCGGCCGACCCGGACGAGGGCGCCAACGGGCAGCUGCUCUACGCCUGGGGCAGCCAGGUGCCGGCCGAGGCGCGCGCCCUCUUCGGCCUCGACCCGCUCUCGGGCCGCCUCAGCCUGCAGGGCGCCGUCGACUACGAGCUGCAGCGCGCCUACGAGCUCGACGUGCAGGCCAGCGACCGCGGCGCCAGCCCCCUGGCGGCCAGCUGCAAGGUGGUGGUGCGCCUGCUCGACGUCAACGACAACGCGCCCGCCGUGGCCAUCAGCGCCCUCAGCGGCGGCGGCGGCGGCAGCGGCCCCUCUUCCCCGGGCUCAGCACAGGCCUCCGCCUCGGACCCCGCCGCCGCCGCCGCGGUGGUGGCCUACGUGAGCGAGGCGGCGGCAGCCGAGAGCCUGGUGGCGCUGGUCAGCACCUCGGACGGCGACGCGGGCGCCAACGGGCAGGUGCGCUGCGCGCUGCUGGCCGCGCCCCACGAGCCCUUCGCCCUGCAGCGCGCCUACGACGCCAGCUACGUGGUGCUCACCACCGGCGCCCUGGACCGCGAGCGCGUGGCCGAGUACAACCUGACGGUGGUGGCCGAGGACCUGGGCUCGCCGCCCGCCAAGACGGUGCGCCGCCUCACCGUGCGCCUGGCCGACGAGAACGACAACGCGCCGCGCUUCGCCAAGGCCCGCUACGAGGUGGCCGUGCUGGAGAACAACCCGCCCGGCGCCUACCUGGCCGCCGUCCUCGCCGCCGACCCGGACCUGGGGCCCAACGGCAAGGUCACCUACCGCCUGCUGGACAGUCAGGUCAUGGGCGCCUCCAUCUCCACCUAUGUCUCUGUGGAUCCAGCCACUGGGGCCAUCUACGCGCUGCGCACUUUCAACUACGAGAUCCUCAAGCAGCUGGAGCUAAGCAUCCAAGCCACAGACGGGGGUUCCCCUCAGCUUUCCAGCACGACUCUGGUCAAGGUGCGGGUGGUGGAUCAGAAUGACAACGCGCCCAUCAUUACUCACCCGGCGUUCACCAACGGCUCUCUGGAGAUCGGGGUGUCCAGCAAAACUCCCCAGGAUUCCCUGGUGGUGCACAUCAAAGCCAGAGACGCCGACGAGGGAGUCAACUCAGAACUGAGCUUUACUUUUCUGGAAGAUCCACAACAGCAGCAGCAGCAGCCACCGCCACUGGACCUCUUUGCCAUCAACAAGAAAACAGGCGAAGUUGUGCUCACUGGCAGCCUCUCGGAAGAGCAGAUGGGCCAAGUUUAUCAGCUGCUCCUCACUGUGGCUGACAACGGACGGCCACCCCUCUCCACCACAGCCACUAUCAGCUUCCAGGUGACUGCCUCCUCACCUGCCACCAGUGGCCAGGACUCAGGUGCCAAGCCCAGCUCUUGGGAAGGAAAGGCACUGCAGUGGGACAUCCCCUUGAUUGUCAUCAUUGUCCUUGCAGGCAGCUGCACUUUGCUGCUCGUGGCCAUCAUCACCAUUGCCACCACUUGCAACAGGCGUAAAAAAGAGAAGAAGGGAGUCUUGGAGGAGCCGCUGGACAGCUCUCACCUGGAGAAGGGGCAGCGUCAAGAGGGCGGCACCUCCUCUAGCCCCCGAGCCAGAGGCAACGGCUUCGAAGUCCAGUCCUUCCCCAGCAAGUCUUCCUUUGCUAGCCCUGAGCCCUCACCAGCCAGUGAAGACAUCCCUGUUUCGGAGAACAGCAGAGAGAGCACCGGUCUCUAUGACAGUCAGAGCAAACUCCGAGGAACAAACGCAGAGUCUUAUACCUCUACCCCUAGUUACAGCAAGGAACCAGUCCCGCCUGUGGCCAUCUGGAAAGGCCAUUCUUUCAACACCAUAUCAGGUAGAGAAGCGGAGAAGUUCAGUGGCAAAGACAGUGGCAAAGGGGAUAGCGACUUCAACGACAGUGAUUCCGACAUCAGUGGGGAUGCCCUUAAGAAGGACCUCAUCACUCACAUGCAGAAUGGACUGUGGGCUUGUACUGCUGAAUGCAAGAUCCUGGGCCACUCAGAUCGAUGCUGGAGUCCCUCCUGUGGCCGCUCCAACCCUCACUCCUCUCCCCACCCAAAGGCCCAGCUGUCCACCUUCUGCAAAAGCACCUCACUGCCCAGAGACUCCCUUCGCCGAGAUAACUUCUACCAAGCACAGCUGCCAAAGACUGUGGGGCUGCAGAGUGUCUAUGAGAAAGUGUUGCACAGGGAUUAUGACAGGACAAUCACAUUGCUCUCCCCUCCUCAUCCGGGGAGGCUGCCAGACCUGCAAGAGAUCUCGGUGCCCUUAUACCAAGCCCCCUCAACUCGCUAUUUAGGUCCUCCACCUGAGACCAGUCAGAAAGUUUAACUGCUACUUUGUGCUUCACGAGCUGAGGCUCACAAGUGUCAGACCCAGGAGCUGUUGCUGAUGCUGGGGCCUCAGGCCCAAUGUCCAAAACUAUGUGUUUGCUGGGGGGUUUCCCCCCUCACUGCAGUUGCAGGCUGAGUUGGAGAGGACAGUGACUCUGAGCAUGUGCAGAGUGUCCUACUCACUGCUCAGUGAUCACAGCCAGCCCCUAUACAGUACACUUUCAAGGUUACAGGGAAGGUCUCUGUAUCCUAGCACCUAUUCGUUUAAACAAAAUUAAGCACUGCUUCCAUCCCCACUACCCCACCCCAAGCAUGCACCUACAUGAAUCAACACCGCUAGGCCAUUCCUGAAGCUCUUAAAUUAUUGACCGAGUCCAGUGAUGUAUAUAGGAAUAAAUGAAACGUGCCUUAAAAUAUAUAUACAUUUAUAGAUAGAUAUGUUUGUAUGUGUAUUUAUAUACAUAUACUCACACACGUAUACAUAUGUAUAUUAUAUGUAUAUAUGUAUAUGGUGUGUAAAUGAAACUGUUGGGAAAUAUUUCCAAUUACAUUGGUAAUGUUUGAUAUUUGCAAACAAAAAACUUUGUAGUUUAUGUAAUUUUUAUGAAAUGUGCAGUAUUUAAUUUUUCCCCCUCUGUUGCUCUCUUGCUUCACCCCAUGGCCUGCCAUUUUUGUAGUGGUUUUUUUAGCCUGUAUAUGGUGUAAUGUAAUGUUUGUAUAUAAGGAAAUUCCAUUCUAUUUUUAUAUAAUAAAACCUGGGAAGGACCAGAAAUUCUUGCCAAAGGAACUGUCUAAAAGACAUGUGCAGAAGAAGAAAAAGAAACACUGAAUCCUUUAGAAUUGCAUAAAGGAACUUGCUCUUUCACAAUUUAAUGAUAGUUAAGAAACUUGUGUGUUGGAAAGAUUGCCUUGCCAAGUGUGAAUUGUGUUUCUGGAGUCCAUGGAGUUUCAAGCUAAAUGUGGUUUAAUUAUUCUGUGUCACUUAUAUACACACACUAAUAAAGGACUUGUUACAUGUU